CCGCCCCCGAGGUGCUCGCGCAGGGCCGGCCGGAGCGCGGGGCCGCGGGCGUCCUGCGGGGACCUCGUGCGGGCACUGCCUGGAAAGCCACGUGUCGGGCCGGCCUCCCCCAGGCCGCCCGGGGCUGGCUUUCCUCGCACGGCGAGGGUGGGGCGGCGGGGCUGGUCGGUGGCGCGUCUGCCUGCCGUGACACUGCCGCUCGGCCUCGUCCGGGGCCGCCUCACUUGCGGGGCCCUCUGGACACCAUAGCACCAUCGGCACGGCACGAGCUCCUCCCCAGCGGGCGGCGUGGUCGGCCAGGUGCCGGCAACCCCGUUGCGCAGAGUUCAGGGAGGACCGUCUCGCGCCUUGCCCGGCCCUUCUCUGCCGGCGGACGCUGGGACGCGGGGACUCGGCGCGUGCGUCUGAGGCUGCACCCGCGACAGGUCUGGAGAGCCCGCCGCCGGCCUUCCUCACCUGCCAGGAACUCGUGUAUUUCAGUAAGAAGGUGGUUUGUGAGUGGUCACUCUGUGUGCUGAGAGAGAGCGUGCUGGCCCCUGAGCGCCGGCCCGGGCCUCCCGGGAGCUGCGUCGGGAGCGCGGCCAGCCUUCUCGGGCCGCCUGGAGCCCGCGUUGGGUUGGUCGGCUGCCUGCUAGGCUUCGUACUCAUCUGAUUUGAGGCCUCAACGUCUGCUUGAAAAGGAAAAUGCAGUAGAAUAUGUGUUGAAAACUAUGCCCGGCACAAAGAUAACUCAUGAGCAGAGACUUAGACAAAAAAAGGCAUGUGGAGUUGAAGAUGGAUGAGGCUUUGCUACUCAUUCAUAAUGAACUACUCAGGACAAACUUGACCGUCUACUGGAAAUCUGAACGCUGUUAUCACUGCUUGUUUCAGAUGCUAGCAGAUGUCUCUGCAAGUGGGCAGCCUGGGAAGGCUGGCAUUGCCGCUGUCUCUGUGAGUACCCAGCACGGGUCCAUCCUGCAGUUCAACAGUACUUUGGAAGAGAAAGAAGUUUGUAGGCUGCAAUACAAAUUUGGAGAAUUUGGAAACUAUUCUGUCUUGGUAAAGCACAUCCAUAAGGGAGUCAAUGAAAUUGCUUGCAACCUGGUGGUUAAUGAGAAUCCAGUUGACAGUAACCUUCCUGUGAUUAUCGCAUUCCUUGUUGGUCUAGCAGUCAUCAUUGCAGGAUCCAUCCUAAAGUUUUUAUUGAGUUUGGAUGACUUUAAUAAUUGGAUUUUUAAGGCAAUAAAUUCUCAAGAAACUGAUCGCCUCAUCAAUUCUGAGCUGGGCUCUCCAGGCACAGUAGACCCUCUCAGUGGUGACACCCAACCAGGAACACGGCGCCCACCUCCCUCACCACACCGCCUCCGCUGUGUGGACACGUUCAGGGGGAUAGCUCUCAUACUCAUGGUCUUCGUCAAUUAUGGAGGGGGAAAAUAUUGGUACUUCAGACAUGCAAGCUGGAAUGGACUGACGGUGGCUGACCUUGUGUUCCCGUGGUUUGUAUUUAUUAUGGGGUCUUCAAUUUUCCUGUCAAUGACUUCUGUACUGCAACAGGGAUGUUCAAAAUUGAAGUUGUUGGGGAAAAUUGCGUGGAGGAGUUUCCUAUUAAUCUGUAUAGGAAUUGUCAUUGUGAACCCCAAUUAUUGCCUUGGUCCAUUGUCUUGGGAUAAGGUGCGAGUUCCUGGCGUGCUGCAGCGGUUGGGAGUGACUUACUUUGUGGUUGCUGGGUUGGAACUCCUCUUUGCUAAACCUGUGCUUGAAAAUUGUGCCUCGGAGAGAAGCUGCUCUGCUCUGCGAGACCUCACCUCCAGCUGGCCCCAGUGGCUUCUGCUUCUGAUGCUGGAAAGCCUUUGGCUGGGCUUGACGUUCUUUCUACCAGUUCCUGGGUGCCCUAAUGGCUAUCUUGGCCCUGGUGGCAUUGGAGAUUUUGGGAAAUAUCCAAAUUGCACUGGAGGAGCUGCUGGUUACAUUGACCGCUUGCUUCUGGGAGAUGACCACCUUUACCAGCAUCCUUCUUCUGCUGUGCUUUAUCACACUAAGGUGGCCUAUGAUCCAGAAGGAAUCCUGGGGACCAUCAACUCCAUUGUGAUGGCCUUUUUAGGAGUUCAGGCAGGAAAAAUACUACUGUAUUAUAAGGAUCAGACCAAAGACAUCCUGAUCAGAUUCACUGCCUGGUGUUGUAUUCUAGGGCUUAUUUCUGUUGCAUUGACCAAAAUUUCUGAAAAUGAAGGCUUUAUUCCAGUAAACAAAAAUCUCUGGUCCAUUUCCUAUGUCACCACGCUGAGCUCCUUUGCCUUCCUCCUCAUGCUGAUCCUGUACCCAAUUGUGGAUGUAAGGGGAUUGUGGACAGGAACCCCGUUCUUCUAUCCAGGAAUGAAUUCUAUUCUGGUGUAUGUCGGCCACGAGGUGUUCCAGAACUACUUUCCCUUUCAGUGGAAGCUGGAGGAUAACCAGUCACACAAAGAACAUCUAACUCAGAACAUAGUCGCCACUGCUCUCUGGGUGCUCAUUGCGUACAUUCUCUAUAAAAAGAAGAUUUUUUUGAAAAUCUGAUAAUUCCCACUGAAAUGUGUUGCUGGAAGAUUCUAGUGGGCCUGGGGGGAGAACUGAAGCAGGCUUUAUUAAAGGGAAUCAUUAAUUAUAUAAUCGAUAGGAUGCAUAUUUCCAGAUUACUCGGGACAUGCGGAUAUGCUUGAACAAGUUUAACCAGGACAUGGCUCAUCAGAACUCUGCCUGUGCGUUUGUGACUUACAUAUUUGGAAUGUAAUUGUCUAUUUUUCUCCAUCUUCUAUGGGAAAUGGAUCUGUUUGGAAUUUCAUUAUAAGGAGAUCUCCUUUAACUUUCUAAAAGGUAUUUCCGUGGGUACUUUGCUUCUGUGAUGGAUAAAAAAUAUGAGGUCUGAUUCUUAUUGGUUUUGUUUUCCUGAAACUGCCUUUGCAUGUGUACACACACGCCAACCAAAAAUACCAUUAUUUCUGUUGUGGCUGACUAUAAAGCUUAUUGAAUAUGAUGUGUCAUAAUAUAGUCUAAGGUUUUUUGGUUAAGUGCAGUUUAAUGUCUCAAGAAAGCCAAAGUAAUUUUCUUUUCAAAUCUGCAAGGCUUUGAUGGGUCCAAAAAAUGUCUUUCUAUCAGAGGCCAAAAACCUUUUCCCCACUUGAAAAAAAAAAAGUUAAAAUACAGAUAUGUUAUUCCCAACCAAUCUUGUUUACCUUCCUACCUACCUAUCUGUCCAUUUGUGUAUCUGUCUGUGCAUCUAGACGGUAGCUAGGUCCCCAGGGGGUAGCUGUGGAGGAGAGGAAAGUCUUCUCUUGCUUGUGGGUCCAGGUUUGCCAUCCCUGCUGUGUAAAGUCUGGGCAAGUCUCUUGGCCUGUCUGGGCCUUUUUCCUAAUCUGCGAAAUGAGGGGGAUGCAUAUGACCUCUCAGAUCCCUUCCAACUCUUAGAUGUGGUGAGAUAGGGUACAUCUGUGGCUUUUCUGGAAUCUUCCUGCUCGUAAUCACAAAACUGGUGGGAGAAUACACAAAGAUAAACAGCACUGUUCAUAUGAUGCAUCGUCAUGCUUAUGACUUUUCUGCGAGAAUUCCAUGUAUAAGGAAAAUGACAGGAGGUUUGAACUUUAGACCACCCUUUAAUGGGGAGGUGAGGCCAUCUCAGCCUGUUCCUCUGCCUCUCAGCUGUCCCCACUGCAUGGAUGACUUCUGGUCUGUAUUCCAAGCUCUAACCCCUGCCCUGCCAGGCCCUCCUCCUGAUGUCUGCCAGUAUCUCAGGCUCACUUCUUCCCGCCUCUCUCUCCCCAAAUUCAAACCUUUUCAGAUUUUUCUGUUUUGUGAAUGACCAUUCUGUCUCUAGGUAUAAAAUGCUGCCCUUUUCUCACCUGCCUUACCUCCACUGUCCCCACUUUUCCACAUUUAGUCAUUGCCAGGCUCAUCCCCCACAUAUGCCUGCUUCACUGUCAUUGUCACUGCCUCACUACUCCAGUCCAGACUCUUGUAUUCAUUUUUAAACUGGCCUUCUUCCCACAGUCCCUCCUUCUGGGAAGUCACUAAUCCAUUGCCACACCAGUCUUUAUAAAGCAGAGCUCGGAUCUAAUCACCUCUGCUGGAAAAACUUCCAUUGAAAUGAAAACAUCUUUGCCUGCCACGUCAGCUGAUCCCACAUGUGUUUCCAGCUUUCUUUCCCCGUCCCCUUUCACCCACCCUACUAUUCCAGCCUAGUUAGACCCUCUGCACCUCCGUCACAUAGGCAGUACCUCCUGCUUCUGAUUUUGAUAAUAGUCUUCCUAGAUUACCUUUUCCUCUUUUUUUUUUUUUUUCUAUCUCCAUUUGAUCUUGAUCCUUAUUUUUUUUCUAUCUGCAUUUGAUCUGUCAUUUUAAACCCCUUCAUUCUAAGGCAUCUUCUCUAAUCUCUUAUUUUCAUCCAAAAGUAGUGUUUUCUUCCUCUGGGUUCUCAUAAUAUUGGUAUCAGUCUCGUUGCGUUUAUCGGUUCCUGCCUUGUGUGGUAGUUAUUUUUGUACAUGUCUGAUUUCUGAUUUCCCAUGCUAGACUGUGAGCUUGCCACCGACAGGAAUUAUGCCUUGUUCCUCUGGGUAUUUCUCAUGGCACCAGACUGUGCCUUUUACAUAGCAGGCACUAAAUAAACGUUUAUUAAAGCAAAACAAUGGUGGCUUUUUCAAAAAGAUAUUUAAGUGCUGAUGAAAUUAGCGUGAUUCUGGAUGGGGACAGUCAUCUCUGAGGAAUCCUGCUACUGCUCUUUCCUUGCAGUGAGCCAUCGUGGAUGGUCACACCUGUGUCAUCCCGAAUUUCAGCAAUUAAAGCUGAGUUUGGCCUCUCCAGAUGAGUUAUCUAGAAACAUUUCUCAAUCUGAGUAUUAUAUCAGUUAGGAUGUCUUGAGCCAUAAGGAACAGGAAAUCCUGAUUCUCACGAGUUAUAAGGAAAACUGGUCUCACAGAAGUCUUGAGGGAGCUGGGCUCCAGCCUGUCAGCUUGCUCUCAGCUAGCAAGAUGCCUCUUCCGUGAUUCCAGGUGUCACACACAAACACAGCACUCAAUGGAAGGAUAGGACAUCUCCUCUGAGUGUCCCUUAGUUUUAUCAGCCAGAAAGCCCUUCCAGAAGCCUCCCAGCAGCCUUCUCCUCUUGUCUAGAAGUACCUCACUUGGCUGUUCCAAACGUAGCAGUGACAAAGGAACUUGUCUGUGUGGAGGAAAGUGAUUACCUGAACAAAAUUCCUUUGGGAGGGGAGCGGGGAAUGUGCUGGAGGUGAGUGGCAGAGCAGGGACAUGGUCGUGGGGAGACAACCAGAGAGCGACGGCUGCACCGUGCGGAGACGUAGACAGGUGUGGAGUGCUUAGGUAGUAAGGCCAAAGAUACUGUUCUACGGGGGAGGGAUGCAAAGGACACUUCAGUUCUUUUUUAUAUAGAUAUUUCUAAUUCCUGUUUAUAAUUAAGUGAAUAACUGCUGCCCUUAUAAUCAUAAAAUGUAUCUUUUAACUGGCCAAUAAAGGGCAUCUUUUAGAAAUGUAUAAUAAUCCAGUUUGUA